GCCGAGGCGGUGCCGAGGCAGCGCCGUGCGAGCGGCGCUCCGUGUGCCUCGGUGCGCCCCCGGCCAGCACCGCCCGGGCCGGGGCAUGGAGGCGGCCCACAGCCUCCCGGUGCUCGACGUGCUCCGCCGCUUCGGGGUCAGCGAGAGCUGCGGGCUCAGCCCCGAGCAGGUCCGCCGCCACCGCGAGAAGUACGGCCCCAAUGAGCUCCCUGCAGAAGAAGGAAAGUCCCUCUGGGAGUUGGUGCUGGAGCAGUUUGAAGAUCUCCUCGUCCGCAUCCUUUUGAUGGCAGCUUUUCUGUCCUUUAUCCUGGCCUGGUUUGAGGAAGGAGAGGAGACCACGACGGCGUUUGUGGAGCCCAUUGUCAUCAUUAUGAUCCUGAUCGCCAACGCCGUGGUGGGCGUGUGGCAGGAGAGAAACGCCGAGAGUGCCAUCGAGGCCUUGAAGGAGUACGAGCCCGAGAUGGGGAAGGUGAUCCGGGCUGACCGCAGCGGGGUGCAGCGGAUCCGCGCCCGGGACAUUGUCCCCGGGGACAUCGUGGAGGUGGCAGUUGGUGACAAGGUGCCAGCGGACAUCCGGGUCAUCGAAAUCCGUUCCACCACCCUGCGGGUCGACCAGUCCAUCCUCACAGGGGAGUCUGUGUCGGUGAUCAAACAUGCUGACCCCAUCCCUGACCCUCGGGCUGUCAACCAGGACAAGAAGAACAUGCUUUUCUCUGGCACCAACAUCGCAGCUGGGAAGGCUGUGGGGGUCGUCAUUGCAACGGGGGUGUACACCGAGAUCGGGAAGAUCCGAAACCAGAUGGUGGAGACCGAGCCCGAGAAGACGCCCUUGCAGCAGAAGCUGGACGAGUUCAGCCAGCAGCUCUCCAAGGUGAUCUUCCUGGUGUGCAUCGCCGUCUGGGUCAUCAACAUCAGCCACUUCAGCGACCCCGUCCACGGCGGCUCCUGGUUCCGGGGGGCCAUCUACUACUUCAAGAUUUCGGUGGCACUGGCGGUGGCCGCCAUUCCCGAGGGCCUCCCGGCCGUCAUCACCACCUGCCUGGCGCUGGGCACGCGCCGCAUGGCCAAGAAAAACGCCAUCGUCCGGAGCCUGCCCUCGGUGGAGACCCUGGGCUGCACCUCCGUCAUCUGCUCCGACAAGACCGGCACCCUCACCACCAACCAGAUGUCCGUCUGCCGGAUGUUCAUCAUGGAGAAGGUGGAGGGCAACCAGUGCAGCCUGCACGAGUUCAGCAUCACCGGCUCCACCUACGCUCCCGAGGGACAGAUCCUGAAGGAUGAGCAGCCAGUGCAGUGCGGGCAGUACGACGGGCUGGUGGAGCUGGCCACCAUCUGUGCCCUCUGCAACGACUCCUCGCUGGACUACAAUGAGUCCAAAAAAGUCUAUGAGAAGGUGGGGGAAGCCACUGAAACAGCCCUGACGUGCCUGGUGGAGAAGAUGAACGUGUUCAACACGGACCUCAGCAAACUCUCCAAGGUGGAGAGAGCCAACGCCUGCAAUUCGGUGAUCAAGCAGCUGAUGAGGAAGGAGUGCACCCUCGAGUUCUCCCGUGACCGCAAGUCCAUGUCUGUGUACUGCACACCCACCAGCCCUGGCAACAACUCCACUGGCAGCAAGAUGUUUGUCAAGGGCGCCCCGGAAAGUGUGAUCGAGCGCUGCACCCACGUCCGUGUGGGCACUGCCAAGGUCCCGCUGACGGCCCCGGUGCGGGAGAAGAUCCUGGGCAGGAUCCGGGACUGGGGCAUGGGCAUCGACACGCUGCGGUGCCUGGCCCUGGCCACGCACGACUCGCCCGCCCGCAGGGAGACCAUGCAGCUGCACGACUCCGCCGCCUUCGUCCACUACGAGAACAACCUGACCUUCGUGGGCUGCGUGGGGAUGCUGGACCCUCCCCGCAAGGAGGUCACCUCGUCCAUCGAGAUGUGCCGCAAGGCCGGCAUCCGCGUCAUCAUGAUCACCGGCGACAACAAGGGCACGGCCGUGGCCAUCUGCCGCCGGAUCGGCAUCUUCUCGGAGACCGAGGACGUGUCUGGCAAAGCCUACACGGGCCGGGAGUUCGACGAGCUGUCCCCCGAGGCGCAGCGCCAGGCGUGCCGCCACGCCCGCUGCUUCGCCCGCGUGGAGCCCGCGCACAAGUCCCGCAUCGUCGAGUACCUCCAGUCCUUCAACGAGAUCACCGCCAUGACGGGUGACGGGGUGAACGACGCCCCGGCCCUGAAGAAAGCGGAGAUUGGCAUCGCCAUGGGGUCGGGCACGGCCGUGGCCAAGUCGGCUGCUGAGAUGGUGCUCUCCGACGACAACUUCUCCACCAUCGUGUCGGCCGUUGAGGAGGGCAGAGCCAUCUACAACAACAUGAAGCAGUUCAUCCGCUAUCUCAUCUCCUCCAACGUCGGGGAGGUCGUUUGCAUCUUCCUGACAGCCAUCCUGGGCUUGCCCGAGGCCCUCAUCCCUGUGCAGCUGCUGUGGGUGAACCUGGUGACGGACGGGCUGCCGGCCACCGCGCUGGGCUUCAACCCCCCCGACCUGGACAUCAUGGAGAAGCAGCCCCGCAACCCCAAGGAGCCCCUCAUCAGUGGCUGGCUCUUCUUCCGCUACCUGGCCGUCGGAGUGUACGUGGGCCUGGCCACGGUGGGAGCAGCGACCUGGUGGUUCCUGUACGACGCCGAGGGACCACAGGUCUCCUUCCAUCAGCUGAGGAACUUCAUGAGGUGCACUGAGGACAACCCCAUCUUUGAAGGAAUCGACUGUGAGAUCUUCGAGUCCCGAUACCCAACCACGAUGGCUCUGUCCGUGCUGGUGACAAUCGAAAUGUGCAACGCUCUGAACAGUGUCUCUGAGAACCAGUCGCUGCUGCGGAUGCCACCGUGGCUCAACAUCUGGCUGCUGGGGGCCAUCAUCAUGUCCAUGGCUCUGCACUUCCUCAUCCUCUACGUCAAGCCCAUGCCUCUCAUCUUCCAGGUGACCCCCCUGAGCUGGCCGCAGUGGGUGGUCGUGCUGAAGAUCUCCCUGCCCGUGAUCCUGCUGGAUGAAGGACUCAAGUACCUUUCCCGCAACCACCUGGACGGCAUUCUCAGGACAGUAAGACCCGAGUGGAGCGGGGAGCACCAGUUGAAAACCUGCAAGACUCCAGAGCAAGGGAGAAGAGGACAAGAAAUGAAUGACACAAAGGCAACAUUCUGAACUAAAGGAUCCCUAACUUGUAACUCGGACUGAAGUCUUGCAUGUGUGACCAUCACUAGAAGCCAGCAGGACAUGCAUGUGUCCGACUAUCAGACAAAUGCGGGUGAAUCGUCGAAAAGAAAAAUACUGAUUUUGUUUUGUUUCGUAGCUUUCUUUUUCCUGUACAUACGAGUGCAAUUACUGGACAGCUGGCGUUGGGUUUGGGGAUGGAGCUGUGUGGACCUGGGUCGUUGCAACGCGGUUCCUUGGGGAUUUGCUCCUGCCAAAUUUGAGAUCCUCUUUCCAAUUUUCGCCCUCGCCGGGUGAGCUCAGGCAGGGCAUCCUCCACGAAGGGGGGCAGUCGGGAUUUUGGGUGCAGAUGGGAGGCUGCAUCCCCCAAGGGGAUGGGGUGAACGAGGGCAGCUUCUGGGGCCAGAAAGGGCUUGGCAUUGGGUGAGGGCAGGGAGAGAGGUGAGGGGGUGGUGUGUUGGGGUCUCUGACCCUUGAUGAUUUCAUCACUGCUGCUCUGCUGGCCACUCCAGUGGCCACAGCAUCUGGGAAUACCUUCAGAGUGUGCCCGACAGUGGUGUGGAUCUCACAGACGUGUGUUUGUACAUUGUGGUGGAAGGCAAAGUUCUCCCUAUUUAUCGUGCUGUCCUGUUUGAUCCCUGCGUUGUGGAAAGCCCAGCACCUUCUCAGGCUCAUCCAACACCAAAGCAUGACGUAGCCUUGUCUGUCCUUCUCCAUCCCACACCUUCUCACAUCCCAUCUGCACUAUAUGAAGCGCCCUCCUCCUCGUAGGGGCAGACAUGUAAAGCAAAGCAUGGGGACACCCACCUUGGCAUUCCUCAUGUCCACCACUCCCUCCUGGUCACACUUUCAUCCCUCAGUGGAUUUUUAACUACUUCCCUAGCAGGAGUAGAGCUUAAGUCUUCAGGAGCAUGUCCAUGACUUCGUGUCCUCUGCUUUGGAGAACACUGCUGUCUUGCACAGGGCAUCCUUGCCAAGGGAUCAAGAUGGGAAUGAAUGUAUGCUUGUACAUAACGUGGUCUUUCUCCAUGGGUGGUGUUUGUUGUGGCAUCCCUUUUUGUAAGGCACCAAGUUUAUUUUGCCCUCUUGGGAUUUUUCCGCAGCAGGAGCGAGACAGGCUGCAGUGAGGGUUGGUAGAUCAGGAGUGGGUUUGGGAUCCAGUGAAUUGCUCUGUCUCCAUCAAACCACAUCAGCUGAGAAGCUGAGAGUGGGUGGUUUCUUCUCCUGCUCUCCAAAUCCUCCCUCCUGUUUUCCUCAUGGUCCCCUAUGAUCCAUCCUGAUAAUAUUUAACUAGCCAGAGCCUUUCCUUUCUCUUACAUUCCAGCAGCAGCACUAGAGCCAGGGUUUGGGGUAGCAUUUUGCUCCUUCGCUGUUGGGUUUUUUCUUCUACUUUUUGCCUCUUAAAAGCUUCCAGUGCUUUUCUGUUUCACCUGGGCAAGAGCUACUCUUCUUCUGUACAGUAGGUGCCAAAUAUCAUCCCUCCUUUCUUUUCUCCAUCACCAGCAUUGAAGAUGAGCAGAGCCCCCAGACCAAUGGGAAUGUACAGAAUUGUUAUACUACUGAGCUGAUUUAUUGUACAGAAAACCUUGCAUGAAAUGUUGUUACUGUAUUUAAUAUAUAAUGUAUUCAAGGAAUUUUAAUAUGGAGCUCUUUAAAAAGAUCUUUAUAGAUACUCUGUGGUUAGAAGAUUGUUGCUGAUUUUUUUUUUAAAUCUUAUUAUACUUUGUCUUGAAGAAGUUUUAUUUU